GCUUAACCAACUGAGCCACCCAGGCGCCCUGUCAGUCUCUUUUCUAAACCUCUGUCAAUUUCACUCGUUCAGGGCGCCCAAUAUUUAUUGAGCACUUAAUUGUGAGCCAAGCUGAGAAUACAGCAGUUACAAAGAUGAAAAACAUUUCAGCCCUCCUGGAACUUUUGUUCUAGUGGGAUGAGAUGGUUGAUAAGCACUGAAAUCAAGAAAUAAACAAGGUGAUUUCCGAUCGUCAGUUUCUCCUCAGGAAUCAAGUAUGAUGAAGCAGUGGCAGUGGAGGAGUGAUCGUGAAGGGAGUUUUUGUUUAAUAGCUUUAUUGAAGUGUAAUUGAAGUGAAACAAAUGGCACAUAUUUAAAGUAUGCCAUUUGAAAAGUUUCAAUAUAUAUGUACAUCCAUGAAGCCAUAACCAUAGUCGAGAUCAUGAGCAUAUCCAUCAUGCCCAAAAGUUUCCUUGUUCCUCUUGGUGGAGGGGGGAGAUUCUUUAGAUACAGUUUCUUUUCAGGAAAAUUUGUCUGAAAGGGUGACAUUUGAAUUGAAUGACAAGAAAGAGAAUUUCAAGCAGGGAGGGGACACACAUACCGUGGUGCUAAGACAUGAAUGAACGAAUGUGUUUCAGGGGCAGAGAGAAGCCUGCUCCUACUGGAAUGCACUGUGCGAGGAGGAAAGUGGCAAAACCCGUUGUGAUUCCAAAGAAUCCCUAUCCUGCAUCUGAUGUGAACACUGAGAAGCCCAGCAUCCACAGCAGCACCAAAACUGUCUUGGACCAUCAACCAGGGCAGAGGGGGCGUAAACCAGGAAAGAAGCGGGGCCGGACACCCAAGCCCCUAAUUCCCCACCCCAUCUCUACCCCAUCCAAGUCAGCUGAACCUUUGAAAUUCCCAAAGAAGAGGGGUCCCAAACCUGGCAGUAAGAGGAAGCCUCGGACUUUGCUGAACCCACCACCCACCUCACCAACAACCAGCACCCCUGAACCGGAUACCAGCACUGUACCCCAAGAUGCUGCCACCAUCCCCAGCUCAGCCAUGCAGGCCCCCACAGCAGAUUUUGAGGAAAACUCCAUCAGUGGUGAGACAUCAUCCUUGGGAACCAUCAUCUCUGCCCUCAGUUCAGGUGAAAGCUUUGUCCUGGGGAAUAGUCUGACCCGGUCUUUGGAGCCACACUCAGACUCAAUGGAUUCUACCUUGAAUCCCACCAACCUUGUCAGCAGCUCCCAAAACCUUCGAACCCACGGGUACCGGCCUUUGGUUCCAUCCUGUGGCCUCCCGCUGAGUACCUCCUCAGCUGUGCGCAGGCUGUGCUCCAGGGGGUCGGACCGAUAUCUGGAAAGCCGGGAUGCCUCUCGACUGAGUGGCCGGGACCCCUCCUCAUGGACAGUGGAGGACGUGAUGCAGUUUGUCCGGGAAGCUGAUCCUCAGCUUGGACCCCACGCUGACCUCUUUCGAAAACACGAGAUUGACGGCAAGGCCCUGCUCCUGCUGCGCAGUGACAUGAUGAUGAAGUACAUGGGACUGAAGCUGGGGCCCGCGCUCAAGCUCUCCUUCCACAUCGACCGGCUGAAGCAGGGCAAGUUCUGAGCCGGGAGACGCAGCCUAGACACCUGAGGGGUCCACCGGAAGGGCUCAGCAUUCUUCUCCCCGGAAGGGGGGGCCAAGCAGCCCACUGCCGGCGCCUCAGUGGAUUCCGGGCCACCUCAGGACUCGGGAGGCCGUGUGGAGCCACCACUGCUCCCCGCUCCUGCCAUGAUACGUCCUUCCAUGAAGGACCGACGAGGGGAGAGUGUGGGGCCCAGGGCUGGCGCUGCUCUUCCCCUCAGCCCUGCCUCGGCUCUGAGGUCCCUCUGUAUUUAUUUCUCAAGCCUGGUUGGCCUCCCACUGGGCGUUUAGACUGAACACCUUUCAGGUGAUGGAGGAAGGGGCUGACCCCUGAGGCCUCAGAGGAUAGGGCCCUGAAUGGACACUUGGGCCCAGUCCCCCUGCCACCUGCUGGGCCUGGUGUGGCACCCCACUUCCCCACAACUCCUGCCACCUCCUCACAAGAGCUCCAGACUCCAAACUCAUGGUGCAAACCUCUACCUUUUUUAAAAAAAAAAAAAGACCUUUUCUUAUUGUUUAUUGUUUCUGGCACGAGGGCAAGCCCCCCAGUUCAUACUCCUCUCACUCCAGACACUGGGUUUCAGGAGAGAGACAGCCCUGCCCUGGUCCCAGAGAGGCAUGGCCCCUUUCCAAGGACAUCACCCGAGGGCACUUUCUCUGUGGGAUGGACACAUCCUUCAAGCCUUGACCGUAUCACUCAGCAUGGGGAGGAGAGGGUUCCUGUCACCUUCCCCUCUUCCUCCACUGGGCCCUUUGCAGCCCGGGCCUCAUCUGUGGGAAUGGGAGUCCCCUGCCCCACACUGUCCCCCACCACAGCUCCUUGCCCUGGCCAGAACUACUGCCAAAGGAGGUUAGGCCCCGUGAUUCUAGGCCACGAAGGCCAUAAGGUGGACGGGAGGGGUCUGCAGGCUGGAAUCUGGUUGUACUCUCUCACUGUCCAGAUGCUUCCUUUAUAAGCAAGUCAGCAGCACAGCUGCCCCCACUGCCGUCCGGACUUCUUUUAUGUCCGUUUGUUUAUAAAUAAAAACCAAUAUAGAUGCCA